GUGUGGGGCGCGACCGCGGCGCUGCGCGCCCUCCGUUCGCGGACCGGGUCCCAGCGCCACGUCCACGCCGCUGCCCCUCUGGGGCCGGACGGAUUACUGCUGCUCGCGCCAGCAGACGGCGGGACUGGAGAACUGAGCCCAGUUUUGGUCUUUUUAACCCUUCGGAGAAGAGGCGAAGAGAAAAGGGGGUGUGUGCCUAGGGAGGGUGAAGGCGCAGCGAACACCUCUUAACUCUCGCAGCCCCGCGAGCUCACGACUGCAAUCAGCUGCCGCCAGCUCCGGGCGGCCGACGCCGGGAAAACGGAGUGGAGAGCAGCGCAGCAACCAGCGAGCGCGGCCUGGGCGGCUUCGGGAGCGCCCCCGCAACCCCAUCCCCCGCGGCGGCCCAGGGAGAGGGCUGGGGGCCCCGGAGACACACUUUGGGGAUGAAGCGCCUUCUCCAGCGGCUGGAGCAAGCCGGUGCCAGGGUCCAAGGACAAAGCAGGGAAGCGCUGGUGGCGCCGCUCCUCGGGCUCUCGGGGGGGCAUGCACCUGCAUAGCCCGCCGGGCCUCGGCUCUCCCUGGCGCGCCUCAACUCCCCGGCUUCGCCGGCUCCGGAUUUACUAGAAGCCAUUUUGUCUCCCCCACCCCUUCCCUCCCCUCCCCUCUGCCCUCCCUGCCCCCACUACUUCCCCCUUUGUUAAUUAAAACUAAAGUCAGAAUGGGAGCGAUGAGCCCGGCUCUCGUGGAGAAAGCUUAAGGACACAGCGCUGAUUCUUUCCUGCUUUCCUUCCGAGAUGGAAAGAGGAGCUCCUAGCUCACUUAAGCCGGGGUAAGGCUGGUUCUCUUUUCCAAGCCAAAAUCCCAGGCGAUGGUGAAUUAUGAACGUGCCACACCAUGAAGCUCUUGUGGCAGGUAACUGUGCACCACACCUGGAAUGCCGUCCUGCUUCCCGUCGUCUACCUCACGGCGCAAGUGUGGAUUCUGUGUGCAGCCAUCGCUGCUGCCGCUUCAGCUGGGCCCCAGAACUGCCCCUCCGUCUGUUCCUGCAGUAACCAGUUCAGCAAGGUGGUGUGCACCCGCCGGGGACUCUCUGAGGUCCCGCAGGGUAUUCCUUCCAACACCCGGUAUCUCAACCUCAUGGAAAACAACAUCCAGAUGAUUCAGGCCGACACCUUCAGGCACCUCCACCACCUGGAGGUCCUGCAGCUGGGCAGGAACGCCAUCAGGCAGAUCGAGGUGGGGGCCUUCAAUGGCCUCGCCAGCCUCAACACCUUGGAACUGUUUGACAACUGGCUGACUGUCAUCCCCAGUGGGGCCUUUGAGUACCUGUCCAAACUGCGGGAGCUCUGGCUUCGAAACAACCCUAUUGAGAGCAUCCCCUCUUAUGCCUUCAACCGGGUGCCCUCCCUCAUGCGUCUGGACUUGGGGGAACUCAAGAAGCUGGAGUAUAUCUCUGAGGGGGCUUUUGAGGGGCUGUUCAACCUCAAGUACCUGAACUUGGGCAUGUGUAACAUUAAGGACAUGCCCAAUCUUACACCCCUGGUGGGGCUAGAGGAGCUUGAGAUGUCAGGGAACCACUUUCCUGAGAUCAGGCCUGGGUCCUUCCAUGGCCUAAGCUCCCUCAAAAAACUGUGGGUGAUGAACUCACAGGUCAGCCUGAUUGAGCGGAAUGCUUUUGAUGGACUGGCUUCCCUUGUGGAACUCAACUUAGCCCACAAUAACCUCUCAUCUUUGCCCCAUGACCUCUUCACUCCCCUGAGAUACCUAGUGGAGUUGCACCUACACCACAAUCCUUGGAACUGUGAUUGUGAUAUUCUGUGGCUGGCUUGGUGGCUUCGGGAGUAUAUACCCACCAAUUCUACUUGCUGUGGCCGCUGUCACGCUCCCAUGCAUAUGCGAGGCCGCUACCUGGUAGAGGUGGACCAGGCCUCCUUUCAGUGCUCUGCCCCCUUCAUCAUGGAUGCACCCCGGGACCUCAAUAUCUCUGAGGAUCGGAUGGCAGAACUGAAGUGUCGGACUCCCCCUAUGUCCUCUGUGAAGUGGUUGCUGCCCAAUGGGACAGUGCUCAGCCACGCCUCCCGGCACCCACGGAUCUCCGUUCUCAAUGAUGGCACCUUGAACUUUUCUCGUGUGCUGCUCAUAGACACUGGAGUAUACACAUGCAUGGUGACCAACGUGGCAGGCAACUCCAAUGCCUCGGCCUACCUCAAUGUGAGCUCGGCCGAGCUCAAUACCCCCAACUUCAGCUUCUUCACCACUGUAACAGUGGAGACCACAGAGAUAUCACCUGAGGACAUAACACGGAAAUACAAGCCUGUUCCCACCACGUCCACUGGUUACCAGCCGGCAUAUACCACCUCCACCACGGUGCUCAUUCAGACCACCCGUGUGCCCAAGCAGGUGCCAGUACCCUCGACAGACACCACUGACAAGAUGCAGACCAGUCUGGAUGAAGUCAUGAAGACCACCAAGAUCAUCAUUGGCUGCUUUGUGGCAGUGACUCUCCUAGCUGCUGCCAUGUUGAUUGUCUUCUAUAAACUUCGCAAGCGGCACCAGCAGCGGAGUACGGUCACAGCUGCUAGGACAGUAGAGAUUAUCCAGGUGGAUGAAGACAUCCCAGCAGCAGCAUCUGCAGCAGCAACAGCAGCUCCGUCCGGUGUAUCAGGUGAGGGGGCAGUAGUGCUGCCCACAAUACAUGACCAUAUUAACUACAACACCUACAAACCAGCACAUGGGGCCCACUGGACAGAAAACAGCCUGGGGAACUCUCUGCACCCCACAGUCACCACUAUCUCUGAACCUUAUAUAAUUCAGACCCAUACCAAGGACAAGGUACAGGAAACUCAAAUAUGACUCCCCCUCCCUCAAAAACUUAUAAAAUGCAAUAGAAUGCACAAAAAGAGCAACUUUUGUACAGAGUGGGGAGAGACUUUUUCUUGUAUAUGCUUAUAUAUUAAAUCUAUGGGCUGGUUAAAAAAGAUUAUAUUAAAAUUUAAAAACAAAAAAAAUCAAAACAAAACUAUUUUCUAACUUGUAAGUUCUAUUUAAAGGGGGAGGGAAGGGAAUCUUGGCAAUGCUGUGGGUAGGAGCCUCAAGUCAACUGGUGGAAGGUGGAAACGGCUAAGACAAAACAAACUAAAACAACCAACACCCCUAAAGUGGCAGGGUGUGGGCUGCUGGGGGGAGGAAGGAUAGACUGCAUCUGUCAAUUUUUAGAAGAUGCUUCACAGGAUCUAGGAAUACCAUUUCUACAGACAUCUUUCUUAAGCUGAGAGCUGUCUUUACAGAUCUAUCUUAUUAAAAAAAUAAUUUUAAAAAAGCAUCACAAAUUUGUACUGUGCCAAAAGGUUGAGAGGCAAUAUUUUUUUCCUUCAGAGACAGUGGGGAAGAUAGAUCUGUAAAUAUUAUUUUAAGUAGGAAAACCACCAAAAUUCCAACUAAUCCUUACAGGGGCUGUUUCUUUGUACAUGUGCACAAGUCCUCUGGGUUUGUGCUUAAGACUGGCAUGUGUCUCCCCUGACAGUGCUCAGGACAGCCUGGAAGGAGAGGAGCUGGCGUAGCUCUCAGUCAAAUGCUUUCACAUUGCACCAGAUUCCUGCAGUUGGGCAUAACCCACUCUGCAAGGCAUGUGUCUAUUCAGGGUUUCCCGGGAGGAGGCGGCCUGAAGGGGGUGCGGCACCGGGAAGAAGGGAAGCAGAGCAGCAGAGGGGAUGAUUCACAGGAGGGAGGCCAUAAAUCAGCAUUGUGCCGUGUCCACCUGUUGUUCCGGGUAUCUGACAAAUGAUUGUAGACAAUGAUGACAUUUUAUGAUUUUUCAAAAAAGAUCUUGCUUGUUUUAAGGUGGGAAAGGAGGAUAGGCUGGGGAUGGGGACUUGGGGGAGUGGAAGCUUUUCUCAUGCUUACGAUUUGGUGACUAUUCAUUCUAAAUGCUGAUUCAUUAGGGAUUAUUACAGCUGAUGCCAACUAGUUGUGGUGAUAGAGUGGGGGCAGAACAUGAGUCGAGAGGGGAAAAGGAGAGCUAAAAAGGGCACAGGCUCCAUUUAAAGAAGCCUUUGCCAACCAGGAUGUUUUGUGUGUGUGUGUGGGGCAUGCUACAACAAAACUGACAAGGGGAACAGACAAAUGAGUUGGGCAUGGAGUUCUGUUGAAUGGGGCAUCAAGGUGGGAAGCUUCCCUCCCCUAGGCCUACCUCCAGUAGUUACAAGCAGGGGCAAGAUCUGUUAUUCUGGUCCAUUUAAUGAUGUAACUUUCAGUUAUUACUUUAGCUUUAAGAGGAAAUAAAAGGGUUCAGAUUUGAAAUGGGGUGGUACGGGUGGGGGAUGCCAACAAAAGAACACUGAUUGUAAUGUGAGAAAAGUGUAUUUUUGUAUUUUAAUAAAUAUUGUUCAAUUUUUAAUUCAAUGUCCCCAAAGGGUUAAAUUGAAUAAGAUUCUGAACCUAUACAGUC